AUGAACAGCGUCCGUUUGCUCCGUAGUUGUUUAGCCAGUAGUGUAGCUGUAAGGAUGUGUUCGACGAAGACAAGUUACGAGGAGGCUGUCCGCAAACUGAAUGUUCUGCAGUCAAACAAGGCGACUAUAGACCAGAUUAGAAAAGAUAUAAAAACUGGACAAGUGAGUAUAAUUCAAACUCCCAAUAAAAAGAAAUGUACAAACAUAGAAGAUAUGGAGUACUAUCUGUCCAGGACUGGCGUGUCUAUGGCAAAGUUGGACGAACUAUCUGUGAUACAUAUUGCUGGGACUAAAGGAAAGGGUUCAACAAGCGCGAUGUGCGAGUCAAUACUUCGACAUCAUGGGUUCCGUACAGGAUUUUACUCAUCGCCGCAUCUAGUAGCGGUGCGCGAGCGCAUCCGACUCGACGGACGAGUGAUCACCGAAGAACAGUUCGCGAAACAUUUCCAUCAGGUCUAUGAUAUGCUAAAUGGAACCAAGGCGUUCGAAGGUGACAUGCCGAAGUACUUCGCGUUCCUGACUGUGAUGGCGUAUAACGUGUUCCUGAAGGAGAAAGUAGAUGUUGCCAUCGUAGAGGUCGGCAUCGGCGGUAUUGUAGACUAUACUAAUGUUUUAAGAAAAGUGCCAGUGGUCGGUAUAACAGCCCUCGGCCUGGACCAUACGUCAAUAUUAGGCACUACUCUGCCUGAGAUAGCGGGCGCUAAGGCAGGCGUGAUGAAGCCAGGCUGCGAGGCAUACACUGUCACACAGCCGCCUGAAGCUAUGCAGGUGCUGAGGAAUUAUGCUGAUAGCGUUAAGUGCCCCCUAACAGUAGUGCCAGACUACAAAACUUACGCAUUCCCAAACACAGAACCGGCUCACUUGCCAGUGAACGUAGAAGCUUACCAGACUAACGCCUCCCUUGCCAUACAACUAGCGCACGCCUGGAUGAGAAUCACCAAACCAGUCCACAGGAAAAACGGCCUCAUUAAACAUGUAGUUAACGGUCAAAAUGGCCUAACCAAACCAGUAUUAGACACGGUAGUGAAGUGUGUCACGAAAGAGACUAUGAUGGGGCUAACUUCAUGUAAGUGGCCAGGGAGGUACCAGGUUGUGGAGUCAGAUUAUGCCAAGUUCUACUUAGAUGGAGCACACACUAAGGAGUCUAUGGAAAUAUGUGCGCAGUGGUUCCAAAAUAUUAACAGAUUACACGACAAAAUACUGAUAUUCAGUGCCACGGGCGACAGAAAUGCCGAAAUAUUACUGCAGCCAUUAAAACAUGUGGGUUUCAAAUCCGUCUACUUUGUUAUCCCGACCGCUUACAGAAAUAUUGGACAAAACAAUGACAACUACUCUUUGGUAGAACAAGAAGAACUUAUUGCCAGAUGUGAAAAACACGUAGAGAUCUGGCAACACUUUGAAAAAAGCUGUACGAAUGUGACCGUCGCUAGUUGCGUUGCAGACGCCUUGGUCAGUUUGAAGAAGUGUGAAAAUGUCGAGAGAUCGUCCGUGUUAAUCACAGGGUCAUUGCAUCUAGUUGGUGCUGCACUGUCGAUACUAGAUCCUAAUUUAAGCAGUUGA